AUGUGUCGUUCUCAUUUAGACGAAACUGAACAGAUGAAUCAGAGCACCAACAACAUCAACAACAUCAGCAUCAACAACCGCCUUAACAACAACAUCAACAACAUCAACAACAUCAGCAGUAUCAACAUCAACAACAUCAUCAACAACAACGAAAUCAACAACAUUAACAUCACCAACAUUAACAUCAAUAAUAUCAACAUCAACAACAAAAUCAACAUCAGCAACAUCAGCAUCAACAACAUCAACAUCAGCAACAUCAACAACAUCAACUUCAAUAUCAACCUCAACAACAUCAUCAACAACAUCAACAUCAUCAACAUCUACACCAGCGCCGUCACUGACCAACGCUUUCCUCUCAAUGGUCGGUUGCCAAGGAAGCCGCUACCAUUAGAGCGCGCGCAUGACCGCCAGAGCGUUGCGCAUGCGCAGAAAAGCGUGACGUCACACAUAAAACAAAUGUGCAUUAAUGCAGCAUUGGUGCAUGCAUUCAAUCUUGGGGGCGGAGGCAGAAUGGCGGGAAAGCACAAACUGGAUCAACAGUCGGUCAACGUCAAUUACUCCAAGAAAUAA